AUGCCGCAACCGACGCAGGGCGGUUUAGGGUGGCACCAGACACCAGUCUAUUUGGUGCCAGUAUGGACGCGGGACCCUUCAACCGCCGCGAUUGAGAGUGUAUGCCGCAAACAACUGAAAACGCCCUCUGAGGACCCUUGCACCGUCACCUUUCAUGCAGAAGGUCUCUUCAAUAAGGUCUACCUGGUUCACACUGCCGGACGCUCUUUCAUCAUGCGCGUCACCUUGCCCGUCUACCCUCGCCACAAAACACGCGCCGAGAUCGGCUUCGAAUGGAUCUUGAUGGAGUACAUGCAGGGCACCUCGGCACGGAAGCGAUGGCGCACCAUGUCGAUGAAGCAGAAGGUCGCACUCACGAAGCGAUUUGCAGUGUUCCAGUUCGAAUUAUCAGGUCUCGAGAAAAAAGAAUCCGCAUUCAAAGGGAUAGGGACAUUGGAUUCGCCGGAAAUAGACCUCCAAGCUGACUUUAAGACGCCACAAACCGCGGUCGCGCCUGGGCGCCUAGUGUCUCCUGAGUUCUUCAUUGGCGAUCAUCUUGGAUACGACAUUCCAAGGGGACCAUUUCACUCGAGUUGUCGCUGGCUAAACGCCAUAUUGACUAUCAUCAUACGGCAUCAAACCUUGGUUCUGGAGAAGUCUGAGGAUGAAGACGACAUCGAAGAUGCCGAGGACAUCCUGCCAGUAGCACAAAGCCUCCUAGCUCUUCUUCCCAAGAUUUUCCCCCCAGACUUGACCAGACUAGAGUCGUCAGCUCUCCAUCAUCAUGACCUCAAUCUCAACAACAUUCUAGUCAACGAACAAGGCGAAAUCACAGCCGUGCUCGAUUGGGAAUGCGUCUCGGCACUACCACUUUGGAUGCUGACUGAAAUGCCCAAGUUCCUUGACGGUCAACCUCGGGAAGAUGAGCCACAGCGGAAUUCAUAUGCGGACGAGACACCGGAGGAGGCUGUCGCACAAGCGAAUAAGCGCAACGACCCACACUACCUGGACAACGAGGGCAAGAACGAACUAUAUUGGAUUCACAAGAUGGAGUUUGAGCAAACACAGCUACGGAAGGUCUACAAAGCCAGAUUGAAGGAAUUGUGUCUGGAAUGGGCCGAGGAAAGCCCGUUGAAGAACGACUUCUACGAAGCAGUUUCGCAAUGCGAUGGUUUAUGGGUGAGCAAGGCACGCAGAUGGGUCGAGCGUAUGGAGAAGGGCGAGUCUGUACGAUUCAAGGAUGUCUAG